AUGGGGCAGGGAGGGGGCUCACCGGCCACGCCGCUCACUCUCCGGGAGGCUUGCGCUCCGCCCCACCCGGGUUUAAAGCCCCACGGGCGGCUGGUGGCGGCGCCGCGAGCGCCCAGUGGCGCGAGGAGAUGCAAGAGUGCGCCCACAGUCGGCAACAUGCGCCCCACGCCCGCGCUGGUCCUGGCCGCUCUCUGCCUGCUGGCGCUGCCCGCCGCCGCCGCCGCCGCCUACUUCGGGUCAGUGCCCGUCGCAUACCCGCUCUCCGAGUGCCUGGUCCCGGUUCCAAUCCCUCUGAGGCCCCGAACUCAGCCCUUUGCCCAGACAGGACCCCGAUCUAUCCCUGGCUCUCUGAGCUUAGACUUCACCUCCUUUUCCCGAAUCCAAAUCUGGGACCUGAACACCUGGCUGGGUGGAGGGAUUGGCAGGAACCCCAAGCUUACCAUCUCCCUUUUCACCCUCUCCAGUCUGACAGGACGUGAUGUCCUGACGCCCUUCCCAGGCCUGGGCACAGCAGCAGCCCCGGCACAGGCUGGUGCCCACCUGAAGCAGUGUGACCUGCUGAAGCUGUCCCGGCGGCAGAAGCAGCUCUGCAGGAGGGAGCCUGGCCUGGCUGAGACCCUGAGGGAUGCGGCACAUCUGGGGCUGCUGGAAUGUCAGUUCCAGUUCAGGCAGGAGCGUUGGAACUGCAGCCUGGAGGGGAGGACUGGCCUGCUCCAGAGAGGCUUCAAGGAAACAGCCUUCCUGUACGCAAUGUCUGCAGCUGCCCUCACGCAUGCGCUGGCCCGGGCCUGCAGUGCUGGGCGCAUGGAGCGUUGCACCUGUGAUGACUCCCCGGGCCUGGAAAGCAGGCAGGCCUGGCAGUGGGGUGUGUGUGGUGACAACCUGAAGUAUAGCACCAAGUUCCUAAGCAACUUCCUGGGCCCCAAGAGAGGAAGCAAGGACCUCCGGGCCCGAGCCGAUGCCCACAACACCCAUGUGGGCAUCAAGGCUGUGAAGAGUGGCCUGAGAACCACCUGUAAGUGCCACGGUGUGUCGGGCUCCUGUGCCGUGCGCACCUGCUGGAAGCAGCUUUCCCCGUUUCGCGAGACUGGCGCGGUGCUGAAGCUACGCUAUGACACGGCUGUCAAGGUAUCCAGUGCCACCAACGAGGCUUUGGGCCGUCUGGAGCUAUGGGCACCUGCUAAGCCAGGUGGGCCUGCCAAGGGCCUGGCACCUCGCCCCGGGGACCUGGUCUACAUGGAAGACUCUCCCAGUUUCUGCCGGCCUAGCAAGUACUCUCCGGGCACAGCAGGCCGGGUGUGUUCUCGGGACACGAGCUGCAGCAGCCUGUGCUGUGGGCGAGGCUACGACACCCAGAGCCGCAUGGUGGCUUUCUCCUGCCACUGCCAGGUGCAGUGGUGCUGCCAUGUGGAGUGCCAGCAGUGUGCACAGCAGGAGCUGGUGUAUACCUGCAAGCGCUAG